AUGAAAUAUAAAAUAAGCCCGUCUAUAGAAAAAGCGUUGCGACAAAUAGAACCGUCUAAAUUCCCCGAGUUCAAAGAGAGAGGAUGGAUCUCGCACAAUGACCUUGCUUGUCUCAUAAGAAGUUCCGAUCUCGUUCUGAUCAAAGACCUCUCGCCGUACUUCGAUACUCCGCCACAGACACCCAAAUCGCCCGAUUUUCUCAAGCAGAUGGAGGAGCUCAAGGCACGGCAGGAAGAAUUGGAGUACCAGAAACUAGUAGGCUCGCUUCCAGGCCAGAUCGGACGCCCGUCGGUGCUCCAGGAGGCCAAGGAGGUCAAACAUCAGGUGACGACUAUCGUCAACGUCCUGAUCAGCGUGGUUUCUGUGGCCUACGCGGUGUGGUACUGGACAGGAUCUGUCAAUUUGUUUAAUGACGCUACCAGGGUGCUGUUGGCCCUUUUUGCCGCCAUUCUGGUGCUGGUGGCCGAAGUGGUGGUUUUCGGGGGCUAUCUACGACGCGUGGACGAGGCCAAACAGCGCGAGCGGAGAAAGAAAGAAGUGCGCAAGGUGGUCGAUUCUGUCACAUUUACGAAAAAAACACAAUGA